GUGCACGUAUGUCAGAGGGACUAUGGUGGAGGGCUGCAGCUGAGGACGAUGGCAACGCUCUGUGAGGAUGGGACAUAUGGACUCGAUUGUGGCCGAAAGAGCGACAGGGUUUCAGUUUUACACGUUAAACUGACUGAAUCAGCCUUUAAAGCGCUUGAAAACUACCAAAACUGUAAGAAUGCGCCAUCGUCAAAGGCAACAAUACAUUUCCAAGGUCUUCAAGGGCGCAUUAAAAUCCCAAAGUCAAAUAUUUCGGAUGGAUCUCAAGCCUUCAACUUUUACCUGUCCAACUUUGGCAAAGACAAUCCUCAAGGAAGCUUUGAGUGUAUCCACCAGUACAUGUCCAGUCCUGGGGUCCCCCACCUGUCCUCCCUGGGAACGAUUCAGGAUAAAAUCACAGUAUGUGCCACCAACGACUCCUACCAGGUGACCAAAGAGCGUAUGGCCCAAGCAGAUGAGGAUACACGCAAGAAUAGCACCAAAUUUAUCAAACCUGGAGGACCGAUUAGAGACAAAAAAGUCCAGCCUCGAAAGCCGGCCCCCUCAGCACACGACCCCGUUCCAGAAAGGAAACACACCACUCCGCUCAACCCAGCCAAUACCAUCCGCAAGUGCCUUACCAACAACCCCGUCUCCCAGCGGCCAUACCGGGACCGUGUCAUUCACCUUUUGGCUCUGCGCUCCUACAAGAAACUGGAGGUCCUGGGCAGACUGCAGCGAGAUGGCGUAAGCCAGAAAGACAGAAACUCUCUCGGUACUACACUACAUCAGGUUGCUAAUCUGAACCCUAAGGACAACUCGUAUUCGCUGAAGGACUUUAUAUAUCGUGAAGUCCAGAAGGACUGGCCAGGAUACACAGAAGAUGAACGCGUUCAGGUUGACAGGAUCCUGGCGCGUAAAUUGGGCUUGAACUCAGAGGCUGUCUCGUCAAGCAGUCCACCCAAAGAGCCCACCUCCCCAGUGAAGCGCCAGCCUGAGACUGACUUCAUCGACCCUCUGAUGUCCAAGAAGCAACGCAUCUCCCACCUCAGUAACCGCGGACCCUCCGGCUCAUCUGGACGACAUAACACGGAGAACGAGGACAAAAAACCCACACCCCCAGUUACGGCCACCUGUCCGGGACCCUCUUUCCACCCGACCUCCGGCUCCAGCUCAAACUCUCCUAGCACGCCGGAAGGCCGGGGAUCUCAGGACCUGCCCCUGGACCAGAGCUCCAUAUGCGGGAGCUCCUCGGAGAGCUAUGCCCCACGCAGCCACACCCCCAGUCCCCCCAGCCAACCGGUUUCCACAACUUCCAGCUUCUCCACCUGUACGGUCUCGAUGACCACCAUCAACUCUACCACCAGCAGAAAGCUCUCCUCCACCACGUCUCCCACUGCCAGCCACGGCGACAGCACCACCAAAAAGCCUAAGAAGUCCAAGAAGCACAAAGACAAGGAGAAGAACCGAGAAGGUGGACGAGAGAAGGAUAAGGAGCGUAAGAGAGAGAGGGAGCAGCGGAAAGAGGAACACUUUGAUGAAGAAGCACAGCCUAAGAAGAAGCACCGCAAUGAGGCAGAACCUAAAAACAUUCCUGCCAGCAUCAGCUGCGAACCCGACGCAGCUGGCAAAGACAAAUCUGUCCACAGCACUGAACUUCCUGUCCCAGCCAAACCUGAUUACAAAGUUAAGUACACUGCAGUGAUAUCUAUGGAUCAGAGGCAGCGCUAUAAGGAUGACUUCAAUGCAGAGUAUGAUGAAUAUCGUAUCCUUCAUGCCAGCGUUGAGAGCAUCACCCGGCGAUUUACGCAACUGGACGCACAAUGCAGGAGACUGGCGCCAGGAACCAAAGAGUAUCAGGAGGUACAUGAACAAGUGCUGCAAGAAUACAAAAAUAUUAAACAACACAGCCCAAAGUACUAUGAAGAAAAACAACGCUGCGAGUACCUGCACAACAAACUGGCCCACAUCAAACGACUUAUCGCCGACUUCGACCAGCGGAAGGCGCAGUCCUGGUUGUAGGGCAUGGGACCAAGCAACCUGCUCAGCCUAUCAGAGUCUCACAGGACCAUCGUUGAGGGAGUGUGGGAAUCGAACAACUUCCUAUUUAUUAUUUUGCAGAUUCCCUAAUCGCCUGCUCCCAUACCUUUUACAUUUUUCUUCAUCUUUUCCUUCUCGUCAACCCUUUAUUUCAAGCGCUAGUUCAUUUGAACACCACCCUUUGUUUUAAAGAAAAGAGUCACUCCUCUGGCUAGUGAUGUCAUGUGUUGGGGAGUAGCACUUAAUUCUUUUUUAUUUUUGAAGGACAGUUAAACAUUUUCAAAGGCAAACAUAUCAAUAGUUAUGCAAUGCAAAACCGAAUGCCUUACAAUGCAUAUUUCUUGAAGCCUUUAGCAUGGGGUGACUGAGCCAGUAUCUGUGAAAAAGUGGCCAUACAGUAGAAGGGCCUUGAAACUUCCUUUCUAAUGGGGCUGUUUUAUUUUUGAACAGCAUCAGUAUUUACACCCGCAGUGCAAGUGAUGCCUUGUUAAUGAUACAGACACAUAUCAACAUGGAAUCAGUGAGACUUUCCAGCACCCUGGGCCGUGGGGAGAAAUGAGUAUGACCUCAUCGCAGGUCCAGCGCACAUUUGUGGAAGGUGUGAGUGAUGUUUGUGUGUUGUAUGUAUGAGUGAAUGAAAUGAGGAAAGUAGUGGUGAGGAAAUAAUUGUGUUUUUGUCUAAGCAAGAAUUAUGGGUCAGAAGCUUCGAGAAGAGGGAGGUUAGGGGGGUAGGGUUGAACAUAGAAGUCUAUAAAAGAGGAAAAAAAAACAGAAAAUAAAAAUCCCAAAAAAAGCUGCUAUAUUUCUUUGAACAGCCAGAGCCUUUGGGAUCAAGCUGGCUGAUGUUACAUGUUCUUAAAUUUGGGUCUGCUCCGUUUAAUAUAAUGAUCGAACCAUCUGAGACAAAGGUGCUACUGAUUUAUGAGGAAAUGCAUCAGGCGGAAGCAGACCCGUAUAUUCAUUUCAGAUGUUUUUCAUUAAUUAUUACAAGUCUCAGAGCAGAGUUAUUUAUAUAAUAUGAAUAGCAAAAUAUAUAUGUAUUAUUUUUUGGUUCUGGAUUUAAAGGAAUUGCUGGAAUUUUCUUUUGAGUAUUGGAAAAGAUCAAAGCUAGUCUUUAUUUCACGGUAUCGUUAGUCAAGAGUUGCUUAAAGACUAAGGGGAAACAUUGUUUACAAACCUGUGAAGCAGGAUGUUUUGCCAAAAAAGAGAAAACUAACUUGGUGUAAAAUAAAACAUGUUUCUUUGAGAGUGACGCUUGGGUAUCUGUAAUGAAAAUUUGUAUUUCAAAAUGGCUGAACGCUUAUUUACAGUGUCCCUCAUAUUUUCUUUGAUCCUUGUUUUGGUGAUUCUGCUUUGAAAAUAAGAUCACACAUCACAAAUUCUCACUGGAUCAACAAGUCUCUGUGGUGGUUUCUGAUUGGUUAGUUAAGGGUUGCUUAAUCUUAUUUGCACAACAGAGCAUCUAAAAACCAGCUUUUGGAUGUUUAUUUGGGGAUCUCGUUGUUAAAGGCUGGGAAUGCUUUCUUUGUUUCCAGUUUUGUUAAUUUAUACCUGAGUGAGCCAUUCUCAUAAUAACCAUGACAAAUCAUUUUCAGUAUUUUGGUUUGCAGAUGGGCUCUUAUUUCCUAUCUCUCAAACUCCUCAAAUGUUUUUUGUGUAGGUUUCUGUCGAAGAGUUCAGUUUAGUCCACAACAUUAUGGGUCAAACGAAUAAUAACCAAACACAUGUCAUGUUUAUUUACAAGAGAACUAUAACAGCACUUUACUACGGACGCUUUUCCUUUAUUUCCUUAGCAUUCAUCAACAGCCUCCAUGUUGAACCCUAGUUUUGGAAUGACACUAAUGUGUUUUCUGGAAGGGAGAUACAAAACGCAUCAUUUUAACUUGGGUCGAGAAAGUAUUUGGUGGUGUGUGUGUGACCAACGUCUGUUUUCUUUCCCUUUUGAAGAGACUUUAUAGGCCUCUGACACCACUAAAAGAGAUGUAGAUGUUUGGAUAAUAAGCCAAGAUUCUCAACACUGUCAUCUCUUGUCUUAAAGGUGGGAUGGGGAUGUUUAAAACUGUAACAGAAUUUUUGACCCAUUCACCUGAAAAUGUAUUAAAUCAGUUCAAUAAAAUGUGAACUUGAAAACUUUAAAA